CAUAGUUCUCUUUGUUUUAUCAGUUUAAAUACACAUGCCAACAUCGAAAUAACUUCAUUGGGUGCCUGUACUUUAACAGAGUAUCUUAACAGUUCUAAGGAGAAGAACUAAAAAGCCAGAAUUGAAUCUACAUCCACAGAAGUCAAGGAAAGGAAGGACAUUUUGAACAAUAUAUGUAACUGAAUUUUAAAGACGUAUUUAGCAUGACGAAGUAGAUAGGGUAAAUCAAUACCCGUGAAUCUGUGUUCAACCAACAAACCCGAGGUUACCUAUAUAGAUCUAUCUACUUAUUCUAAUUCCUGCUGAAAAAGAAAUCCAGUUACCAGCUUCCGGAACUUCGCGCCAUUGCGAACAGGAACAUUACAUCAAGGGCAGGCGCAGCAGACGACAGGGCUGAGAUUGUAGGCCUAGUUGGCUUUCACCGUUUAUCUUCGUGUGUGUAAUACAAGACUGCUAAACUCAACAUUGCCAGCAGAGACGAGGGAACUAAGACUACGGAUAAAAGUAUCUAAACGUGGUGAGAAGACUUGGAUGAAUUGACAUCACAGAGAAGGAAGAACGGAAGCCAUUGUUAUAUGGUGGUACAAUGUAUCAGCUGUUCUAUCACUUCAUGCAUAUCGAGAUUUCAGAUAAGAUACCCCAGAAUUCAUAGCUUAAGCAAUGUUUUCUUUGACAUUCAAUUUUAUUACUGAUAACCCUAUGUUACUGUAAAUUCAUUCGUUUUCCUCCAAAGGUGUACGAAUGUUAAAUUCUUCAUUGCUUUUUUAGCUCACCUGAGUCGAUGGCGAGUUUUUCUGAUCAAAAUGUGUCACUUGUCCAUCGUCGUUGUUGGCAUUCUCCUCGUCGUAAACUUUCCUCAUUUUCAUAUUCUUUUCCAGAACCACUGGGCAAAUUUCAACCAAACUUGGCACAGAGCACCUUUGGGUGAAGGGGAUUCAAAUUUUUAAAAUGAAGGGUCGUGCCCCUUCAAAAAUGCAAAAAUAUGAUGGGGUAAUUUUAAAAUCUUCUCAAGAACCACUCGGCUUGAAGAAAUAAAAUUCAUAUGAAAGCCUAUUGACAUAUUAAAAUUUGUUAAAUGUGUGCCUCCCCCCACCCUCCCCAGGGAUAGCAUGGUGCACAAAACGGGAUAAAAAAUAUAUGCAAAUAUAUAGGGAAUUUUUUUAAUGUCUUCUGAAGAGGCACUGGCCAGAAAAGUACAGAUUUACACCAAAGGUUUCUGAUAUAGUGCAGAUUCAAAUUUGUUAAAAUCAUAGCCCCGAGGGGUUGGAUGGGGCCGCAAUAGGGGGUAAAAGUUUCGCAUACAAAUAUAAUCCGGAUAUUUUUGAAGAUCUUCUGAAAAACCACCAUACCAGAUAUGUUUAUGUUUGCAUGAAAGUUUCCUGACAUAGUGCAGAUUGAGGUUUGUUAAAAUCAUGGCCCUGGGGGGUAGGGUGGGGCCACAAUAUGGGAACAACAGUUUACAUGGGGGAAAAAUGGGCAAAUCUUCUCAAGAACCACUGAGCAAAAAAGUUUCCAAAACAUUUCUUUUAGUGAUGUAACCAGUGAAAAUAGACUCUUCUUCUAUUCUUUUAGCUGCCACCCCCCCCCCCCCCCCCCCCCUCCACUACAGGGGAUCAAAGUUUUGCAUACAGAUAUACACUGGACCAGAAAAGUUUACGUUUACAUGUAAGCUUUCUGACAUAACACUGAUUCAAAAUCUCUCAGGGGCUGGGGUGGGUUUAGGUAGGAGCCACAAUAGGGAUUAAAGUUUUACAUUAGAAUAUGUAGGGGAAAUCAUUCUGAGAAUUUCACCUUUUAAAUGGCAUAAAUAGUAGGUUUAUGUCUUUUUGAUGCGGCAUAAACCUAUAGCAUUUGGCAUACACCUGACCAAAACUCCUUGUAGGGAAUGCACCACAUUUCCCUCCCCUCAAAAUUCAGCCAUACUCGUCUGUUCAGCCAUUGUGGUUUGAAUUCACGUUUUCUUUUUUUUUUUUUUUUUCAUAUAGCUUGCGUUUUUCUUGUUCUGAUUUUUUUGUUUGUUUGACACCAUUUGGUUUAAUACCGGGCUUUGUGCCAUCAAAAUAUUUUAACUGCAAAACCAUUUACACAUCAUUUGUUGACCUUCACCUCAAAUUAUAUUUGCUAAGUCAGACGUAUAUUAUUUUCUUUUAACAUUCUUGCAGUAUUUGAAUAUUUGCGAAAUAAAGAAAAAAGGACAACUCUUGUUAUAUUGUUAGGGAAAAUUUCAAUUUAAAAAAUCGAUCCCAAUAAAAUUCAUCAAUGCAGAUAAAAAAAAAACAUCAACAUUUAAAGACAUUCGAAUCAUACGCUGAACAUUUUGUCUAGCAACACAUCAUAAUCUUCAAACCACUUACACACUUAAGUCGUAUAUUUUAAAAUUAAUGGGAGCACAAUCCAGGUCCCAAAAUAGAUUUUGACGAUUGUAAGGGAAAAUAUUUAUUUUAAGUGCAUUAUCACACACGUACCAUAAUUAUUUCUUUGUUUCUUGGAAUUUGGUAUAGACAAUUCGGGAUAUCUUAUUUGCACAUGACAUGGUACAACAUCAUUUGGCAAAGCCGCGGUCUAUCGGUUAAAUUCUGAGACUGGAAAAUCUUUAAAUAUGGGUUAAAGUGACUCGGGUGAGCAAUGUGGCUCAUGGGCCUCUUGUUUUAAAUAUCCUGCAGUAACCAUAUCACUGCAUAGAUGAAUUCAAUACUUUAGUUUCUCCACAGGUGAUAGCAGUUAGAUUUAUCAGCAUCACAAGAUAACAGCUAGAUAUACCAGCAUCACAAGGAGAGAAGAAUGGAAAACAUGUGGUGGUUUAUACUGGACUUUAAUGGGGUCCUGCAGAACUGAGAAAAGGAAGUCGACGUCAAAGUGAUUGUAUUCCUAAAGACCCCGACCCUCCACAUCAUGGACACACUAGGACUCAGUACUCAGCUAAAAGUACGACAAUGUUCUCAAUGUCAGAGGGACACUGAAUUUUACUGUAACACAUGUAAACGUGAUCUGUGUUUACAGUGUAAAGAGAAACAUGUCAUUGAUCUACAUACCAAACACCAUGAUGUUGUGAUUUACCGUGAGAAGUUUAACUACAUCCCCAGACAAGAGAUCUGUGUCAGACAUCCAGACAGGUUCUAUGAAAUGUUCUGUCAGUCGUGUGAACUUUCUGUCUGUUUCCGAUGUUUAGAGCACCGAAAACACCAAAUACUGGACAUUAGAACAGCCUAUCAAACAAAGCGACAACAACACCGAGAAAUCAUUGACAACAUCAGAAGUGAGACUCUCUAUAACUGUCGUGUUCUCCUGGCAGGAAUCCAAACUGAUAUCCAAACUUGUCCCCCACAAAUCUGUCACCGUCAAUCACAGAUGUCAACAAAAGCCCAGAGACUGAAGGAUCGGAUUGACACUGUGGUAUGUGAUGUUAAAACAAGAUACCGAGGUUUAUUGAUUGAUAGAAUACAACAACAGAAGAGAAAAAUGAACAGACAACUUGUUCACCUACAGAACUAUGAAGACAGAUAUGAACAAUCAGCAAACAGAGCGGUACAAUUCCUCUUGUUUAUAAAGACCAGUCGUGUCCCCCAGAUAAAGAACAGUCCUAGUCAGUUAUUGAGUGUCAUCACAGAAAUCCAAAUGACAACAGGAAAACGACAAGUAGGAAUAGACGAGUGUGUGAAACUGAUGUCCACACCUGUAUUACACACGUCUGUCUGUGUGACAGGUGUUAGUGGUGUGGGACACAUAUCUCGUGUGAUGUCAGACCGGGUCUGGGUCUCUGAUAGAUACAAUCUCAUCUUGACAGACACAACAGGAGACACUAUACACCGUGUGACAGAUAUAACACCAUUGUAUGGAGGAGUACACACAGUGAACAGUUCUGGUGAACUGAUUUAUAUAGACAGUGAACGUAACAUCAACAAACUGUCUACAGACAAUAAAACAGUCACCAGACUGAUACAGAGUACAUCACCAUGGUAUCCACUGUGUGUGUACUGCUCCCCGUCCACUGGAGAUCUGAUGGUGGGGAUGUGGAACACUGAUACAAAGACAGGCAAGGUAACCCGGUACAACAGUAGUGGUCAACACAUCCUGACCAUAGAACACGACAACAGAGGUCACACGCUGUAUAGUUGUCCUCUCUGUAUCACAGAGAACAAUAACGGUGAUAUCAUUGUGUCUGACUGGUCACGUGGUGCUGUAGUGGUGACAAAGCGCGGGGGGAGACAUCGAUUCUCCUACACAGGACCUCCAUCAGGAUCAUCACUACGACCAUGUGGAAUCUGUACAGACGCGCUGUCACACAUCCUGGUGUAUGAUUAUUACACCAACACAGUACAGAUGAUUGACAAGGACGGUCACUUCCUGUCUCUGUUACUGACACAACACGGGAUAAACAGACCAUGGAGCCUGAACUAUGAUGAUAAAACUCACCUUCUCUGGGUCGGAUCAGGCAACACCAACACAGUGUCUGUAUAUAGAUAUCUACAGAGGAGGUACUCUCUGACUGAUUAUCCAGACAGUGUGGACGAGGACGCCAAAGAAGAAUCUGAUGACGAGGACACCAGAGAAGAAUCUGACUCUAAUGAAGAGGACGCCAGGGGGAAAUCUGACUCUGAUGACGAGGAUGCCAGGGGGAAAUCUGACUCUGAUGACGAGGAUGGCAGGGGGACAUCUGACUCUGAUGACGAGGAUGCCAGGGGAGAAGCUGAUCCUAAAACAUGUUGCCAGCGGUGUAUCUUGGUGUAGAUAUGACAUACGAUUACCAUUACCCUUCCUUCAGCCAAUGAAUCUGGUCUACAUUUCCUCAUCUAGUGAUGGUGGACAUUGAUCACAUUUCCUCAUCUAGUGAUGGCGGACAUUGAUUACAUUUCCUCAUCUAGUGAUGGUGGACAUUGAUUACAUUUCCUCAUCUAGUGAUGGCGGACAUUAAUUACAUUUUCUUAUCUAUUGAUGGUGGACAUUGAUUACAUUUCCUCAUCUAAUUAUAUUGGACACUGAUUACAUUUCCUCAUCAAGUGAUGGUGGGCAUUGAUUACAUUUCCUCAUCUAGUGAUGGUGGGCACUGAUUACAUUUCCUCAUCUAGUGAUGGAGGACAUGGAUUACAUUUCCUCAUUUAGUGAUGGUGGAUAUUAAUUACAUUUCCUCAUCUAGUGAUGGUGGACAUUGAUUACAUUUCCUCAUCUAGUGAUGGUGGGCACUGAUUACAUUUCCUCAUCUAGUGAUGGAGGACAUGGAUUACAUUUCCUCAUUUAGUGAUGGUGGAUAUUAAUUACAUUUCCUCAUCUAGUGAUGGUGGACAUUGAUUACAUUUCCUCAUCUAGUGAUGGUGGACAUUGAUUACAUUUCCUCAUCUAAUGAUAGUGGACAUUGAUUACAUUUCCUCAUCUAGUGAUGGUGGACACUGAUUACAUUUCCUCAUCUAGUGAUGGUGGACAUUGAUUACAUUUUCAUUUCAGCUCGAUGUGAUGUAUGGUUAUUUUUAAGAAAUAUUAAAUCAUGUAUUUCCAUAGAA